CCUCGCCCACGCACGCCCGACGCGCCCAACGCCCUGCAGCGAGUCGCAGUCCAGCCCCCGCCGCCCCAGCAGUCCAGCGAGCCACCCGUCUCGUCGCCGUCUCUCGCGCUGCAGCGCACGCCCGCCGCCCGCAGCAUCGCAACCCGCGUCACCGACACUGCUCGCACGGACCCGGCCUGACUCGCCGCAAUCGAUUGCUCAAAAUUAUUCUACCGCCGCGCCUGCACUCCACCAGCCCUCGACUUCACCUCGCCCACCCUCACCCACCACCUCCACCACCCCCACCCACACCACACCAUGGCCAAGGGACUCCGCGCCUCCACCGAGCGCACCAACCGCCGCAAGCUGCGCGCCAACGUCUUCGGCCCCGUCGAGAAAGCCCGCGCCGAGCGCCUGCACGCGAAGCUGCUGGCCACCAUCAACUCGGAGAAGCCCGCGCCGCCCGCCAAGAAGGCGCGGGACGUCGAGGCCGAGAUCCAGGAGGAGGCUGCGAAGGAGCAGAAGGCCGACGAGGACAUGGAAGUCGAUACCGCUACCUCCACCAAGAAGCCCCACCGCAACCAGUCCGUCCCCCGCACCAAGAACGAGCGCGCCCGCAAGCCGCGCAACUCGAUUACCUUUCCCAAGUCCAAGGGCAAGGGCGCGCUGAAGCCCUUCACGGGGCGGAGUAAGAGCGCCAAGGGGCGGGUCGCGAAGAGGUGAUGGAGAGGAAUUGAGCGAGGGGGACAGUGGAUGCAUGAAAGGCGUUUGGGUGCAUUGCCGGCGUUUCUGGGAACCAAAAAGGCAGGGCGGGGGAGUGCUGUGUUCAGAAGUUGUCUUGUGUCGAAUGAAAACUGUCUUGCCACUGCACAUCUCACCCACACUGCACAUGCUUGGAUGAUAUCACCCCGACUCAACGAAUAAACAACACACGCGCUAAACCCAC